UUGAAGAGGGAGAAGAUUAGGGUCAAAAAUGGAGGGAAAGAGGAGGAGGUUACAAUCGGAGUCACAAGCACAGAGCGUGAUUCUUCUCACGAAAAUCAAAGAAUUCACUCGAGCUUUGCUCACAGACCUCACCAACGGACGCUCGCCACUCAUUCUCAUCGAUCGCUUCAGAAGCUACUGCGCCGUUCCCAACGCCAACUGCUUUUGUGCCUCCGAUUUGCCGUGCGGAAAGGAAGCUCUCACACUCCGCACGAAAUCCCGCGCGCACAGACUAGUUGUCAUGUUGAGGGUGAUGCUGAUUGUUCAGAAACUUUUGCAAGAGAACAAGCAUAGCUCCAAGAGGGACAUUUAUUACACGUAUCCUUCUUUAUUUUUGGAUCAGUCAGUGGUGGACCAAGCAAUUAAUGAUAUAUGUAUUCUUAUGCAGUGCAGUCGCCAUAACCUUAAUGUGGUUUCCGCAGGGAACGGGUUAAUUAUGGGCUGGAUAAGAUUCUCUGAAGGAGAGAGGAAAUUUGAUUGCAUAAGUUCUCCCAACAGUGUCCACCCCGUUCCCGUUCGUGUUGAGGAUGUUCAAGAUAUCAUUAGUGUUGCACAAUACAUAUUAGUUGUGGAGAAAGAAUCAGUUUUCCAGAGACUGGCAAACGAUCAAUUCUGCAAUACAAAUCACUGUAUUGUCAUCACUGGAAGAGGCUACCCAGAUAUUCCUACAAGAAGGUUUUUGCGGCUUCUGGUAGAGAAUUUGCGCCUGCCUGUUUAUUGCUUGGUAGAUUGUGAUCCCUAUGGCUUUGACAUUCUAACCACUUACAGAUUUGGUUCAAUGCAAAUGGCUUAUGACACGAAACAUCUUCGUGUCCCAGAGAUAAACUGGCUUGGAGCUUUUCCUUCAGAUUCCGAGAGAUAUUUUGUUCCAAAGCAGUGUCUCCUUCCUUUGACUGCAGAAGACAAAAGAAAAGUUGAAGCCAUGUUACUUCGAUGCUACCUUCAAAGGGAGGUACCACAAUGGAGGUUAGAGCUAAAGUUGAUGCUGCAAAAGGGAGUAAAGUUUGAGAUUGAAGCCUUAUCUGCGCACGCACUUUCAUUCUUGUCAGAUUCUUACAUCCCAUCUAAAAUUGAACGUAAAUUGAUUAUGUAGCAUGUUGGUCUUUUAUGUGUCAAGUUCUACACUAGCAACUGGAUGAGGGCAUGAUCGGUACAUGCAUUUAUUACAAUUUCUGGAAGAUUAAGGCUCCCUAAACGAUUUAUUGCAGAAAGAUUUAGCAUUGGUUCGAAAUUUUCUUUCGAGAAAGAUUCUAGAACUGUGAACACAGAAUGUUUGUAGAAAAUUUAUAUUUUAAUUUUCAAAAUGCUUUCUGGAAAUACUUGGUUUUGAAGGUUCGGCCUUAUAAGAAUUUUUGAAAGCCUUACAGUAAAGCUACAGAGGAGAACCGACACUAAAGCCGACAUAUACUGAACCGACAAUACUUACUAAAAAAGCCUGCAAAUUGCGUUGCAUAUAUGAUAGAGAAAAAACAAAAGUUAAGGUGUGCUUGUUUUUCAUCUUAUGUACCAUUG